AUGCCACCAAAAUACCCUGGUCGUAAUAACAAAGCUCCUCCACAGCCUCCAAAGUCGAGCGACGAAAGUUCCGUUAGUCCUGACAAAGAAGAUGGAGAUGAUAUUAUUCAGAUAUUUGCUGCUUUUCAUAAUCGUAUGGAGAAAAAGGCCAAACAAAAACAAAGUAGACUUGCCUCGGAAUGUGAUGCUACAAUUCAAUAUAUUAAUGAUUUGGCUACUGAACUUGUGAAACGACAUAAAUUUGAAUUCGAAUAUAAACGAAAACACGAAGAACUGGAACAGGAACGAUUAGACAUUGUCAAAAAACUGAGAUUGGAAGAGGUUAAAUAUUUGCAAAAUCAUGACAUAAUUCUCAAUGAGCUGAUAAAAUCAGAAACGGCUCAGCUGAAAACAUAUCAUGCCUUUGAGAGAAAAUAUGGGUCUUUUAUUGAAGGUCUGACAAAACUUUAG